AUGUUGCCAUUACGGGCGAAGUGCAUAGCCGUGAUAGGCGCAGGUCCAUCCGGACUGGCAGCAGUGAAAUAUCUGCGUGCCGAGAAGGCCUUCUCGAAGAUUGUCUUGUUCGAGCAGCGCACGAGAGAUGGCGGCAUCUGGAACUACACUUCUGAGGAAAGAGAUGAGGACCUAUUCACAGUGCCCCAGACGAACCCUUCUGGGAAAAAUCAAGAGCCCAUCUGGAAGCAAGCGUUGACCAAUGGCUCCACGAAUAAUAAAUCUAACGGUGUAAAUGGCGUUUCAAAAGACCCGGUUUUCGUAUCUCCCAUGUACGAGAGACUCGAGACGAACAUACCGCGAGGGUUAAUGGGGUUUAAAAACCACGACUGGCCUCAAGAUAGCCAGCUCUUCCCAAAGCACCAGACCGUACUCAAAUACAUCGAAGACUACGGCAGGGAUGUUCAAGACACGGUUCGCUACAGCGCGCAGAUAACAGAUGUCACCCCAACAUGCGACGAUCCCACCAGCUCAUGGUCCGUAACCUCUCGCAAUCUGAAAACCACCAUUACGACUACAGAGACAUACGAUGCUGUCAUAGUGGCAAAUGGGCAUUUCAUCACACCCUACAUUCCGGACAUCAGUAACAUCGCGGACUGGAACGAGGCCCACCCGGGCCUGAUCUCGCACUCAAAGUACUAUCGUCGACCAGAGGAAUUUGCUGGGAAGAAGGUGAUCGUAGUGGGCAAUUCAGCGUCGGGCGCAGACAUAUCCAACCAGAUCGCCGACCACUGCACCCUCCCGCUUCUCUGGUCCAGCAAGUCGACGAAUCUUUUCGUCAGCGCUACCCCAAACGACCCGCGGCGCCGUGAGCUGCCACCCAUCAGAUCCUUCCAUGCCGCGACGCGGGGUGUGGAAUUUGAAGACGGUACGAUUGAGAACGACAUCGAGGCCAUCGUCUUCGCAACGGGCUACUUCUACAGCCUCCCCUUCCUAGACACGGUCACCCCGCAGCCGAUCAGCGACGGGAGCCACGUCAACCACACAUACAAGCACCUCUUCUACGCGCCGAAACCGACGCUCUCCUUCCUGGCGCUGCCGCAAAGAGUCAUCCCCUUCCCCGUCGCCGAAGCCCAGGCCUCGGUCCUGGCCCGCGUAUACUCCGGCCGCCUGACCCUCCCGCCGCGCUCAGAGAUGGAGGAGUGGGAAGCAAACGCCAAAGCCGAAUCCGGCGACGGGCGAGCCUUCCACCUCCUGCCUUUCCCCAGAGACGGGCAGUACAUCAACGAGCUGGCAGAUUGGGCUUCGAGUGCGCCUGUCAAAGACGGACUGGACAACGAAGGCCAGGGGAUGCUGCCGCCGCGGUGGGGCGAGUGGGAGUUCUGGUGCCGCGAGAACUUCCCGGCUAUCAGACAGGCGUUUGGCAAGCUGGGCGAGAAGCGGUUCGAGACGAGGACGCUGGAGGAAGUCGGGUUUAGCUUUGCAGAGUAUAAGAAGGAAAAGGCGGAAGCAGACGGGAAACUGAUUUGA